AUGCUACGAGGACAGAAGGGAGUGGUACUCUUCUCUCUGGGGUCUAUUGUGGACACCAAGGCUCUACCAGCACAGUACAUGAAGAACGUGCUGGAUAAUGUAGCCAAGUUCAACGAGUACUACUUUAUAGUCAAAUUGAGCACCAAUGAUACCAAAACAGCGAGUACGUUGUCCAGUUUAAUGAUGUUUAUGUCUCUGAUUGGCUUCCUCAGCCUGGAAUCCUGGCUCAUCGCCGCCUGA